AUGUCGUCGUCUGCUUCUGGCUUCGAGGCGCAUGCUUCGGCCCUCCUUGAGAAAACAGACAUUAUCGCCUCAACGCCACAUACUUUGGAGGCGCUGGUCGACCCCUUCCCUUCAGAUGAGGUCAAGGAGGAAAAUCGAAUGAGCGUCAUUGGCCUUCUACAAAAACAGCUACAAGAAGAGGCAAAGCGAGGCUGGGAGCUUUCAUGUAUUCCACGUCCCUGGACUGGGCUAAUCCCAACGACCAAACCAGAGGCGGCACGCGAAGGUGAAAAAAAUGGAGACGAAACAAUAGAAGAGAAACCAGAAGCGGAAACAAAACAGGAAGCUGAAGAUCCCUUCAAGAUUGCAACCAGGCACGGAUUCCCGUUAAUUGCCGUGCCAAACCCAGUACCCAACGGACCUAAAUCUAUAUUCCCAGACGUCUAUUUCUCCGUCUACAUUAACCAGGAACUGGAAACUGUCCCGCCCACCACAGACAUCGCCGCAUCUCUACUCCGCGACAAUCUCACCGACACAAUCGACAUACUCGACUUCAACCGCAUCGCCACCGCGAAAUUCCUCAUUGACGUCGAUUGCUAUUUCGCACCCAAUACUUUCAUCAAGCGCGCCACCCCUUUCGAUAAGAUCCGCGACGCUGUCGCAGCGGGUGCCGGUGAUCGCUCGACCUGGAAACCCGAGGAUGUCGCUGUUGACGCGGUGUUUUCGUUGCUCCUCCAGCUCCCCACGCCGGAGCAUAAGCUGGUCUACUACCACUCUGUGCUCACGGAGGCGUGCAAGAUUGCGCCUGCGGCUAUUGCGCCGAGUUUGGGAAGGUCGAUUCGUUUUUUGUAUAAGAAUAUGGAGAGAAUGGAUCUCGCGCUCUCCUAUCGGUUUUUGGAUUGGGUUGACGAUGUUGAACUGCCAGCCGUUCACCCUAAGAAAGCGUUCAUCUGCGCUGCACUGGAUAAAGAAAUUCGUUUAAGCUUUGCGCAGCGCAUCAAAGGAACAUUGCCGGAACCAUACCAGGCCUUAAUAUCUGAAGCGAAAGAGAAAGAUACCCCGGAUUUCAAAUACGCGCUUGAAUCAACUCCCUAUGCUGCCGAGGCACAAGAAAUCAUGCAACUCAUCCGCAAAAAAGCCCCGGAUGCCGAAAUCGAACCGCACAUCCUCGCCAUCCAACACGCCGCCGCCAACCAAACAGACACGGCGGACCCCCUAAUCCCUUCCACAGAUGCCUUCGUCACCUCAAUCUGCUACGUCGGCUCCAAAUCCCUCUCCCAUGUCCUCUCCUGCAUCGAGCGCAGCAAAGAGCGUCUCCUCUCCAUCGGGCCCCAAUCACCCGCCGCACGACGCCAAAUCAUCACCUCAGUCCUCUCCUACUGGGCUGACCAACCAGGCAUCGGCGUGAACAUCAUCGAUAAACUGCUCAACUAUACCAUUCUGACGCCGCUGUCAGUCAUCGAGUGGGCGCUUGUCGAUCACAUUGAGGGCGGCGCGGCGUUGGCGAAGGCGCAUGUGUAUGAGAUGGUUGCCGCGACGAUGGGGAAGGUGACUAACCGGAUUCGCCAGAUUGUGGUGGCGAGGGUGCAGCGGGGUAUUGUGGAGCCGCAGCUGUCUGUUAUUGACGAGACACUGCGGAGAGAGAGGGGCGAAGUGCAGGUUAUGUUUGAGGUUAUUGAGGGGGCGCUUGAGGGAGUAAUUAGCGGGAGUGGGAUGGAGGAUGUUGAUGGGGGGUGGGUAGGGGAGGGGGAGAAGGUGAUUAUCAGAGAAUGGGCGCGGAGGUGGUUGAGAGUUUUUAAGAGGCUGAGAGCUGUCGAGGAGAUGUUUGUUUCAGAGGCGAUGGCCCGGGCUGUUCCUGUUGGGACAAUGCCGUUGGUGCAGCAGCAUGCACAAGUCGAGGUCGGGGCGGAGCCGGCGGCAGAAGUUGCCAUGGAUAAUGUUGACAUGAUUGAUAUAUGAGCGGGUGAGUGUUUUAUUAAUUUCUCUUUUGACUAAGGAGAGGAUGGGGGAUGUAAGAAACAUUUACUUUCAAUUUUCGUUCUGGUUUGUAUCAUUUUCUUCCUAAAGUUUGUAUGGUAUUUAGUAUAAUUGAAUCUGUUAGGUUCUGUAUAACCAUAACUACUUUACUAACCGCAGUAAAAAUAAACAUCUUUUGUUGAUUUUG